AUGGGCUGGUCAUCACCCGAGAUGGGGAAGCUGUGGAUGAAGCAGGCGGGGAGGAGGCAGAAGGGUCUCAAGCAGGAAGUGAGGUGUGCAAAUGCGGAGUUUGAGAAGUCUUUUAGUCACCCAGAGGAGGGCGUCUGUGUGCGCGUGGGGGUCAUCCCAUUAGACCCAGCAUCUUCAGCCCUGCAGCAAACAGGCCAGCUGACACAGGUCUCAGGAGUCCUGAACAGAGGCCUCCUGCCGCCUCUGGAAGAGCCCUCCCGAACCCAAGGUGAGCCUGAAGCAGUUCCAGAUGUCAACAGAAGCACCGAGGGGCCCCUGGGCAGAAGGACUUUUCGCCUCUUUGUAGGAAUGCAGGAGCUGAGCGUGUGGAACCUUCCAAAAGACUUCCUGUGCUGCGUCCACACCACACUGGCUCCAGCAGUGCUGAGCCCGAGGGCAGAGCAGAGUGAAUUGAGACAGCACCCAGGGGGCACAGGCGGGAAGGCGCUGCGGCCCAGCUCUUGUCGGGUAGGAAGAACCAGCAAAGUGAUCGCGAGGCCCCGGCAGCGAGGAUGGAGCCGGCCUGGCAGCCAGCUUGAACCUGGCCAGGCGGCGCCACCCGGCCAGCGAGCCUGCGCAGAGCGGGACGUCGGCCCAGACACCGCCGCCGCAUUGCGCAUGCUCCGAUUUGGCAAGGCGCGCGCCGGCGGGGAGGCGGGACCCACCCUCGCCCCCGGCCCAUCACUCUAG